GCACCAGGACCUGGGGAAGUCCAGUAGCUUCCACCCAGACACAAUGAGCACAAUGCUGCCUGUCCUGCUGUCCCUACUGCUUCUUGUGGGUCUUGCAAACACCCAAGAUGGACGUUACUCUCUGAGGUUCCACUAUACUGGGGUGUCCAGGCCCAAGGCAGGCUUCCCCAGUUUUCAGGCCACUGGCUACCUCAAUGAUCUAGCCUUCCUCCACUAUGAUAGUAAUGGUCAAGUGGCUAAGCCCUUGGGCCCAUGGACACAGGUGAAAGGAAUGAUGGACUGGGAGAAGGAAACUCAGUUGCAGAAGGCCAGGGAGGACACCUUCAUGGAGACCCUGAAAGACAUCAUGAACUAUUACCAGGAUGGAGGGAAUCACACUCUUCAAGGAAGGUUCGGUUGUGAGCUUCGGGAUAACAACUACUGUGGAGCAUUCUGGACAUAUAUUUACGAUGGACAGGAAUACAUCAAGUUCAUCACAGAAAUCCCAGCCUGGUUCCCUCGGCAAACAAAAGCUGUGUUCACAAAAGUAAAGUGGGAGAGAGAAGGCUCUGUGCAGCGGGCCAAGGCCUACCUGGAAAAGGAGUGCCCCCGGUUGCUGCGGAAUUACCUGCAGCACAGCAAGACAUUCCUGGAUAGUAAAGAUGCUCCGUCUGUGUUAAUCACCAGCCAGGAGGGCCCAGAAAACAUCAGGACCCUCAAGUGCGACGCCUACAACUUCUACCCAAGACCAGUCAGUAUGUACUGGACUCGACCAGGCAUCCCAGUGGAGACUUAUGAAUGGGGAGACAUUGCUCUCGGUGAAGAUGGCAAAUACCACUCCUGGGUGAUGGUGAAAGUCCCCUCUUCAGACACAGGCCCCUACCUCUGCCACGUGCAGCAUAGCAGCCUGGCCCAGACCCUCACUGUCCCAUGGAAUCAGGGGCAGGAAUCACAGGCUGCAGGAGACCAGUAACCUGCACUUCCUAGUCUGGAGACCAGUAACCACCUGUGUGUCCUUUGGGAAAGGAGAGAGGUGAGCUGGAGAAUGGCUGUCAUCACCAUCAGUGCAUCCCAGAGAAGAGGUGAAGGGGACAGACAGGUGGUGAAUUUGGAGACACAAGGCUUGAAUGCUGGGCACUGGGCUGCCUCACUGCUACAUUCCCCCUCAGAACCCAUUAUCUAGAAUCUGAAAUUGUAUCAGCACUAAUCUACACUAAUCAGAUAGCCUAGACACAAAUAAAUCAGAUUGUUCAACUG